GCAUGCAACUUAAAGUAUAUAUAAAUGGGGCUAGCCCCGUGGAGGAGACUCAGCAAGCACUCCAUUGCCAAGCAGAUAGCCUAACUGCCCAGCCCCAAACACCACAAGCAUGUCUAUCACUGAUAUUCUGUCCGCUAAGGACAUUGAGGCUGCCCUGAAGAGUGUAGAGGCUGACGGCUCAUUCGAUUACAAAAGCUUCUUCAAGAUAGUUGGCCUUAGUGGCAAGUCCGGUGAUCAGGCCAAGAAGGUUUUUGAAAUUCUUGACAGAGACUGCAGUGGAUACAUUGAGGAAGAUGAACUUGGACUCUUCCUUCAGAACUUUAACGAUAAAGCCAGAAAAUUGAAUGCAGAGGAAACUCAGAAGUUCCUGAAGGCUGGUGACUCUGAUGGAGAUGGCAAGAUUGGAGUAGAUGAAUUCCAAGCUCUGGUAAAACAUUAAACAGCCAAAGACCAAAAGACAACAAGGACUGAACCCUCAAUUCUCACCCAACAGGCACCUCAUCCACGGCUGGCACUUAUUUGUGCAUUUUUAUACUGUCUCAUGGCAUUGGAAAAAAUGCCUGUUAUCUGUUUUUGGGACUAUUGAAAUAUCUAACAAUGUACAGGUAUUCUGGUCAUUCGAUGUUACAUCUAAAGUCUUUUUUGGAUGGCGCUUAUUGAUUUCGACCAAUCACAAUGUUGAAGUUGUGGCUGGACGAUAAAAAAAUAAAAACUCUUUAAAUAAAA